AUGUCCCAAGAAUACAAAUUAAAAGAUAUCUCGUCCUUCGCAUCCCUUAACUCUCUAGACAAGAUCGAGGCCGAAAUCGAAGGCAUUGAGGAUGGGAAAGUUCUUCUGAUCAAGCUGGAUGACAAAGUCCAUGCCCUCAGUCCACGUUGCUCGCAUUACGGGGCACCGUUGAAGAACGGCGUUGUCACUGGAGAAGGGAGGCUUACAUGUCCCUGGCAUGGAGCCUGCUUCAAUGUCACAACCGGUGAUGUGGAAGACGCUCCAGCCCCCAACGCGCUGAACAAAUUCGAGGUCUUUGAAAAAGAAGGCGGCGUAUACAUCCUUGCCAAAGAAGAAGAUGUCAAAGCAGGACAGCGCAAUCCAGUAGUGAAAUGCAGCGUAGGAAGCGGAACUCUUGGCCUUGUCCAAGCCCUCCGGGAGCUAAAAUAUCCCGGGGCGAUUACAAUCAUCUCGCAAGAGCCCGAUCUAAUCAUAGAUCGGACCAAGCUAUCCAAAGCCCUGAUCACAGACCCAGCCAAGAUCCAAUGGCGGCCACGAGAGUGGUACACCGAAGCUGCCAUAGAAACCAUCACAGAUGAAGUGACAGCCGUGGACUUCGAGCAGAAAUCCAUCUCCACCAAAUCCGGCCAGAACGUCUCUUACACCAAACUAGUCCUAGCAACAGGUGGUGUUCCACGCACCCUCCCGCUCCAAGGCUUCAAGGGCGAACUAAACAACAUAUUCACCCUCCGCACGAUCCAAGACGUGCAGUCAAUUCUCACAGCCGCCGGCUCGGAGAAAAGAAACAUCGUGGUAAUCGGCAGCUCCUUCAUCGGCAUGGAAGUCGGCAACGCGCUCUCCAAAUCCCACAACGUGACAAUAGUAGGCAUGGAAUCCUCCCCAAUGGAGCGCGUAAUGGGAACCCAAGUCGGCCGCAUCUUCCAAUCAAACCUAGAAAAAUCCGGCAUCAAGUUUAACCUCUCGGCAAGCGUAAGCCACGCAGCAGCCUCCCCAUCAAACACUCACAACGUCGGUGCAGUCCACCUAAAGGACGGAACAACCCUCCCAGCCGACCUUGUCAUCCUAGGCGUGGGCGUCCGCCCAGCAACAGACUUCCUCCGGGACAACAAAUCCAUCACCCUCGAAAAAGACGGCUCCAUCAAAACAUCCUCCCAUUUCCUCGUCCCAGGCUUGCAAGACUCUGUCUUCGCUGUCGGUGAUAUUGCAACAUACCCCUACCAUGGCCCUGGCGCGGACGCUACAGGCUCGCCGGUCCGAAUCGAACAUUGGAAUGUCGCGCAAAAUGCGGGACGUGCGGCUGCGCGCGCGAUUGUACAUGCGCAGCGUGGUCCGCUGUCGUCCUUGAAAUAUAAGGCGUUUAUUCCGGUCUUUUGGUCCGCGCUUGGAGCGCAGCUGCGGUACUGUGGAAAUCCAGUCAAUGGGUAUGAUGAUGUUAUUCUGCAGGAGAAGGGGGAGGGCAAGUUCGUUGCAUUUUAUACGGCUGGGGAAACCGUUGUGGCGGUUGCUACUAUGGGGGUUGACCCCGUUAUGACGAAGUCUUCGGAGUUGAUGAGGGUUGGGAAGAUGCCAGGAAAGGCAGAGAUUGUUGGCGGUGCAGAUGUUUUGGCUCUCAAGGUUUAG